AUGGAAGAGAAAGUCGAGGACAAUGUGGAAUUCUGUGGUUUAUGCUUCAGGAACCCACAUGGGCUGACUUUCCAAGAAAGGCUGGGAGCAAAGGUCCUCCCACCCCAGAGACCUCCAGGCCCUGGUGGAACCAUGAAGAGGCCUCCGCAGAGCAAGACUUUCUGCUCCCGUCGCUACCCUCCGCAGCUCCUCCCGCCUCUGAGCUGGGGGAUGAACCUCUCCCACAUCCGACCCCAAUCCACUGCUCAGGGCACCUCCAUGUCCCGAGUGUCCCCCAUCUUCCAGUUCAGCCCGCAGCACAGCAUACACCUGCAGGAGCGAUACCUGCAAGGUGCAGCCGCCAAGCUGACCUUCUCCCCCGACGUGGUGGCCCAGCGGGGCCUGGCCAGCUUCCCCUACCUACAGUGCAGCUUUGAGCAUCUCUACGACGGGGACCCCAUCAGGCAGCUCUGCACCAGAACUAGCCACAGUCACCCCAGGCUUCACCUUCGGCCUAGACUGCCUGAGUACACUGACAGCCACUCAGAGUGCACCAAGGCCCCAGCCACAGCCCAGGAGGUGCAGGCCCAAAGCCUGGCCCGGAGCAAACACCAGCAACAGAAAGCCCAGGCUUUGAGUGAGACCUCCCCAUCACAACCCCAGCUGGCCCUGAGCAAGUCUCGGUCUCACGCAGAGGUGGCCCAUAGGCAGGAUCUCCAGCCCGAGAAUUUGAGCCUGGAGAAGCAGGACAGCUGGCUGGAGCCCCCCGAGAAGGAGGCCAGAGUGUGGGAGGCCAUGGUGCUGGCAAAGCUGAACAAACGCACUGCCCGCUGGAUCCUUAACAAGCGCCCCUUGAAGCCGGGGACCACCCCCAGUAAGUGGCAGAAUUUCUUGCAUCACCAGUACGACUGGAGCCACAUCAGGGAUGAGAUCACUUCGGACAGUCAUCUGAAGCUCCUGGCAGAGCUGGAGAGGGAAGAGAUGGCGGAAUUUGAGUUGGAGACCCCACCUGCCACCCCGCAGGUAGUCGUUGAGGAAAAGAAGCCAGAGAUGCUGCUGUCGGAAUAUUACAGAUUGCCCCAAUUUUUGUCCCAAAUGGAGAAAGCUGAACUUGAAACCUACAAGAACAAAACAACAGAUGAAAUCAACCAAAACAGAGACUCCUUACAGAUCCCAGACAAGAGUUGCUUCCAACGGUUGGUGGUUCCCCGAGCUGGAAAGUUUUCUUUGGUCACAGACAGCGCCUUCGAACAGGAAAUUUAUUUAGAUAAAAUCAAGAUUAUCCAUCCAAUUGGUAUGAAGAGAAAUCAGAUACUUCUGGAAAACCAGAGUCGAUAUAACAAACAAUUAUGUGAGAUUUUCCCUCAAACCCCGGACAGGUGGACUUCUCAGCCAGUCCCUGAAGCACCUUAUAAACCUGUGAAAGGAGCCCGGCGCUGGACCGCCUUGCCCAUCCCGGUCAAGGAGCUGGUAAAGAUCAAGGAAGCUGAAGCACUCAUGAAGACCAGAGGACUGAAGAAUGUGGUUCAUUUGCUGAAGGGGAAUGUGAGUUGGAAACUGGAGGCUCUUCGGAAGAUGCUGCAGGACUGGAAGACUGACUGGGCUCUGAUCAUCGAGUGGCGCCAUGAGACAAUAGAGGGCUUGCAGAGGAGAUUGGUGAAUUUGCACAAUGACGUUCGGAUCCAAGCCAUCAUCACAUGCGCCACAGCAGCUUUAGAACGGCCCCGGACUAACACUAGCCAGGAAGACUCAGAGGACACAGAGACAAAAGUUUCAUCUACCCAGGAUUUGCCUGAGGUUCUACAUCCUGCCCUGGAAGCAGCUCUUAGAGAUAAAAAUGCCAGUGUGCAAAUGGCAGCAGCAUUAUGCCAGUAUGCUAUACAAUCUCAUAACCCCCUUGCUCGGGAUAUCAUGCAGAAAGCUCUUCAGAAUGGGAACAGUGUGGACAGCUGGGCUGCGGCUCAGUGCUUGGCUCUGGAAGGUAUUGGCACAUAUCCAGUGAUUAAACGGAUCUUCCACCAGCUGUUUAACAAGAAAGACAAGGACACUGAACUGCAUUCGUGUCUGCUGCUGUGUCAUCUCAAUAAGCAGAAAACACUGAUAAACACUAUGCUUGCCAUAGAGCUAAACAGUGGUGAAUGGAGGGAACGGGCUCUGGCCUGCCGAGUUCUUGCCCAGAUUAAUACAAACAUCAGUUCGGAUAUUAAGCGCAGAUUAGUCCAUAUGAUGUGGAGUGACUGGAAAAAAGAGGUGAGACAAGCAGCCGCCCAAGCUCUGGGACAAAUGAACCUUGGUAAAGAGGUACAUGACAUCAUCGGAAUAAAGCUGAGUCAAGGGACUCCCCAAGAGCGUGUGGAAUCCCUCACCCUGAUCAGUGAGCUCAAGCUCAUGACUGCCAAGCUUCUCCCAAGCUUCCUGAAAUGCUUCUCUGAUGACUACAUGACAGUUCAGCAGGCUGCCUGUUUGGCAGCUGGUGCCCUGCAGAUCCAUAAUGAGCUGGUCAUUAAAUGUCUUCUGAAUCUGAUACAGAGAGACCCUUACUGGAAAACCAAGGCCUUGGCCAUUCGAGCAAUGGUACAGAUCGGUCAAGUGAGUCCCCAGCUGACAGACCUCCUGCUCUGGGCUAUCCACUAUGAAUCAUCACCAGGUGUACGACUAGAAGCCUGCCGUAGCAUCCUAGCCCUCAAAAUUCAGGGGAACCAGGUCAAGGACACCUUCCUACAUGUGCUUCUACUAGAGGAUCAUGAGGCUAUUCUAAAAGAAAUUCAUAAGGCAAUGAAGAUGCUUAAAAUAGAAAAUGAAGAAGACCAAGAAAUGAUUCAAAACAUCAAGAUCAGGAUUCAAAUGCUAAGCGAAAAGGACUCACUAACACAGAAAAUAUUGAAGAUAGAAGCAGCCAUUAAAAAAGUGAAGGACGAAGCAAAAUACGUUUACGUCCCUCCCAAAAAGAACCAAGAACCAUUGAAACUCCAAACUUUUCUCCAAAAUACUUUACAGGAUGAGAUGGCGCCUCUCAGAAGACCCACUGAGUGUUUCGAUAUCGAAGAAGUCAUAAAGAAACGUCUGCCUACUCGAAGGGGAAGAGUAGGGCGGGAUCACUGUUCUCAGUAG